AUGUCAGUACUAUUCCCGGAUAAUCCGGGUACCAGCUUGGGAGAAGCUCGAUUCUCGAAUUACACUCAGGAGAUCCCCGAGCAGUCUCCGGAUUGGAUUGUGGAUAUUUUCCCUAACAACUCAUUUAUUGACAGCGAAGCGUUUCUUGUCGAGAUGCUAGCUCUUAUGGGAACAUUCAAUAAUCGGCGGUUAUGUUGUGCUCUGGAUUGUAAUUUUUGGGCUGUUAUACUGUAUGUUUGGCAGGGGGGACCUCCCGCGCUAAUCUCAUCAGGUCGCCACCUGCUCUUCUUUCUCUCUCCGCCUGUACAAACUUUGUUUCCCUAUUUCGUCUCGCUCGUCUUCGUACGUUAUUGGGAUUUAGCGAUAUUGACGCCAAAUCUACUAUUCUUAUUAUUUUUGCUGUUAAAUGCAAGGCAUGUUCUCAAAAAGAUCACCGGUUCGAAAAGUCCGGUGUUCAAGGCGUUUUUCGUUUUGGUUUACCUCACCACCUUCAUGAAUGUGAUAAGAUGCAUCGUAUCGAUGUCUAUAAGUGCUACAAAUCCGGUCGGAGAACUCGUUGACAAG